GACUAUAUAUAACUAAAUCUCCCUACUGACUGAGAAAACCAUGAAGUCUUGUGAAGCGCUUCUAAACACAAUACAAAUAUUGCUCAUCUUCCUUGCUCCACCCUUAUGUAUGUCCCUUGUCUUUGACACCAUUACACCAAACCACCCCAUCAAAGACGGCGACGUUUUGCUCUCCGGCCAAAAGACCUUCGCACUCGGCUUCUUCAGCCCCGGCAAGCCCCUCAACCGCUAUGUCGGAGUCUGGUACAACAAAAUCUCAGAGAAAACCGUGGUUUGGGUCGCAAAUAGAGACAAUCCCAUCAACGACACUUCAGGAGUCUUGGCCAUCAACAGCAAAGGACGCCUCAGCAUUUAUGCAAAAUACCAAAACUCUCCUAUUUGGUCAGCAAAUCUAUCUGUCUUUACGGCAAAAACUAGUUCCACUUUCAUAGCUAAGCUUUUAGAUGUUGGAAAUCUUGUUUUGAUGAAAAAAGAUGACAGUUUUGGACAGAGCAGUGUUAUUUGGCAAAGCUUUGAUUAUCCAACGAACACUUACCUACCUUUCUUGAAGCUUGGGCUGAACCGGAAAACCGGCCUCGACCGGUUCAUAACAUCCUGGAAAUCGGCGGAUGAUCCGGGAACCGGUAAUUGUACGUACCGGAUGAACCUAACCGGAUACCCACAGAUGAUCUUAUACAAGGGUCAGGUUCCGUUUUGGCGGGCCGGAUGUUGGACAGGUCGCAGAUGGACUGGUGUACCCACGAUGAUAGGAAUGAUAAACGGGUUCAUCUUUAAUGUGAGCUAUACGAACAACAAAGAUGAGACAAGCAUCAUGUAUGGAAUCAACAACGACACGAAUUCAGUUUUCUCUAGGCUCGUGAUAGAUGAAUCGGGGACAGCAAGGCGGUCCACAUGGCAAGAUCAGCGUAAAGAGUGGGUCGAAUUUUCGUACGUUCCCGCUGAACGGUGCGACAAUUAUGGGAUAUGUGGCAGAAACGGAAAGUGUAACCAAUCGGACGCAAGCCAGCUCGAGUGUGUGUGCCUGCCUGGGUUCGAGCCCCAUUCGCGUGAUAGUUGGGACUUGAGAGACCGGUCAGGCGGGUGCAUGAGAAAGGGCGGGGCACGCACAUGUGGAGAUGGUGAGGGGUUUGCCAAGGUGACACGUGUGAAAUUACCCGAUACAUUCAACGCACGUGGGGAAAUGGGAUUGAAUUUGAGAGAGUGUGAGGAGAAGUGCUUGAAGGAUUGCAAUUGCACGGCUUACACGAGUUUGGAUGAGACUAGAGACGGUGCUGGUUGCUUAUCUUGGCACGGUGAUUUGGUGGACAUAAGAACUUUUACCAAUGCGGGGCAAGAUCUAUACGUACGAGUCGAUGCAGUUACUUUAGCUCAAUACGCGAAGAAGUCGAAUGGCUCUAUCAGCAAAACGGGGAAGCUAGCAAUUUUGCUCUGUUCUGUUGUAAUCUUUUUUCUCUUGGUCUUCAUUGCAUAUUGGUUGGCAAAUAGGAAGAGAAUAUCAGGUAAAGAAAGGCGUAACACCAAACGAUCAAACUUUUCGGAAGAGGGGGAGCUUGACGAUGGUAAAACAGAUUCAGAUGUUCCAUUGUUUGAUUUACAUACCAUUGCUAUAGCCACAGCCAAUUUCUCUGCAGAAAACAAACUUGGACAAGGUGGCUUCGGCUCAGUGUACAAGGGUAUGCUAUCAAAUGGAAAGGAAAUUGCAGUGAAGCGACUAUCUAGGUGCUCUAGGCAAGGAAGUACAGAGUUCAGGAAUGAAGUUCAGCUAGUUGCAAAACUACAACACAAAAACCUAGUGAGGAUUUUAGGUUGUUGCUUCCAUGAAGAAGAGAGAAUGUUAGUCUACGAGUACUUACCAAACAAAAGCUUGGACUCUUUUAUUUUUGAUGAAGAGAAAAGGAAGUCGUUAGAUUGGAGAAGACGAUUUGACAUAAUAUGUGGCAUUGCUCGAGGGAUCUUAUAUCUUCAUCAAGAUUCAAUACUAAGAAUCAUCCAUAGAGAUCUCAAGGCAAGCAAUGUUCUACUAGAUGCCGCUUUGAACCCAAAGAUUUCAGAUUUCGGUUUGGCAAGAAUAUUUGGAGAAGACCAAAGUGAAGCAUGCACAAAUCGUGUGGUAGGAACAUACGGUUAUAUGGCUCCAGAGUAUGCAAUGGAAGGAUUGUUUUCAACAAAGUCGGAUGUAUAUAGCUUUGGAGUUUUGCUUCUAGAGAUCAUUACUGGUAGAAAGAACAUUGAUUAUUAUGAAGAGAAAUCAGAGUCAAAUUUGCUUGGACAUGUCUGGGACUUGUGGAAAGAAGGCAGAGCCUCCGAAAUAGUGGAUCCUUUUUUGGACGAGUCAUUUGUUGAUGAAGCUUUGAGAUGCAUCCAAAUUGGUCUGCUGAGCGUGCAAGAACACGCGAAUGAUCGACCAACCAUGUCAGCAAUUGUUCUAAUGUUGGGAAAUGAUUCAGCUCUUCCCUCCCCAAAACAACCUGCAUUUAUCCUUAAUAGAUGCUGGGCUGGUACCGGAGACCGGGCAUCUAGUGAAGGUGUUUAUAACUCUAUAAACAUUGUGUCAUGUACUAUGGUGGAAGCUCGCUGAACUUGUAAAAUUAGAUUGUGCAACGAAAUAUGACGUUGUAGUUUUCAACUUUCUGUAUUACCUACAGUUUUUAUUUAGUCAAUGUUUGUAAUGCGUCCUUAAGAAUAUUGCUUGUGGGAACCAAGAAGACUCAUUGUCUGUUCUCUUUUUCCCUUAGAGGCACUACAAGAAAAAUCCUCUUAAAUAGCUGACGAAAAACGCUAUUAAAUUGUUAAUAUAGUGUUUUACAAAAUGA